AUGUCAAAUCAUGUUGCUGAUUAUAGUCAAAAGAUUGAUUAUGUUUUCAAAGUGGUUUUGAUUGGUGACUCGGCGGUUGGAAAAACACAACUCCUGGCACGAUUUGCUAGAAAUGAGUUCAGUUUAGAAUCUAAAGCCACAAUCGGAGUCGAAUUUCAGACGAAAACGCUUGUUCUUGAUCAAAAGACUGUUAAGGCGCAAAUUUGGGAUACUGCUGGCCAAGAAAGAUACAGAGCAGUCACGAGUGCAUACUACCGAGGUGCAGUUGGAGCAAUGUUGGUUUAUGACAUGACCAAGCGUCAAUCAUUUGAUCACAUGGCUAGGUGGUUGGAGGAACUAAGAGGGUAUGCUGAUAAAAACAUUGUUAUAAUGCUCAUUGGCAACAAAUGUGAUUUAGGAAGUCUUCGAGCAGUGCCAACUGAAGAUGCUCAGGAGUUUGCUCAAAGAGAGAAUCUAUUUUUUAUGGAGACAUCUGCUCUUGAGUCCACCAACGUUGAAACAGCAUUUCUAAUGAUUUUGAUGGAGAUAUAUCAAUUAAUGAGGAAGAAGACCCUCGCCUCUAAUGAAGGAGAUGCUGGUGAUUCAAGUUUUCUAAAAGGGACGACAAUUAUUCUUCCUACUCCAGAACCGCCUAGUGCCCAGAAGGGUAGCUGUUGUUUCUCCUCUUCUUAA